AUUGAAAUGCUGGAGCAUAAAUACGGAGGCCACCUGUUGUCUCGCCGGGCUGCGUGCACCAUCCAGACGGCCUUCCGCCAGUACCAGCUCAGCAAGAACUUUGAGAAGAUCCGCAACUCGCUGCUGGAGAGCCGCUUGCCCCGGCGCAUCUCCCUGCGCAAGGUCAGGAUGCACAACGCCGACAGCCUGAUGGAGGGCUACAACUUUGCGGGGAUCCCCCUGGUGCGCUCGCCCUCGCUGCCCGCCAGCAUCAGCGGUGCGCUGACAGAGCUGGAGGACUCGUUCACCGAGCAGGUCAAGUCUCUGGCCAAGUCCAUCGACGAUGCCCUCAGCUCCUGGAGCCUGAAGACCAUGUGCUCGCUGCAAGACGGCAGUACCUACCAGUUCACCGAGACCUUCAGCAGCGGCUCCGUGCAGGAGGGGGCGGCGGGCGAGACGGAGAGGGGAGGGCAGGAGGGCAUCGGAGAGAGGCUGGACGACAGCAGCCUUGCCCACAGCAGCAGCACGCUGAUGAUGGCCUUCAGAGACGUCACCUUCCACAUCGAGAACAAAAACAUGUCUGUCUCCUCGCUGCUCGAGUCUGCUUCCGUUGCCAUGGCGAACUGUGACACCGCACAGUCAGUUGUGGAGCAGAGCUCUCCUGCAGCGGUGGUGGGUGAUCACGGCCAGGAGGGGGAACGGUCCCCCGAUGCUGAGCUGGGGCAAGAGCAGGCGCUGAUGGCCAACAACUACCCUCUCACCCAACUGAACAUCAACCUCAACUCCAACGGACUAGGGGGUGGGCUGAUGGGGCCGGGCCAGCUCAGCCUGCAGAAGAUACAGAUGGACCCCCAUGACAACGGCAUCCUGCAGGACCACCCGCUGGAAUCCAGCCGCCUGGACCGCGUGGAACAGCUGAGCAGCGGCAGCACCACCUCCAUCUCGGCCAAGUCUCCAUCGGAGGUUUCCUCCAAGGAGGCCCUGCACGCCAUGAUACUCAGCAUGCCCAGGUACCACUGUGACAACCCGAGCGGAUGCAAGUCCCUGUCCACCGAUACCAUCCGAAAACGCCUCUACCGCAUCGGCCUCAACCUCUUCAACCUCAAUCCUGACAAAGGGGUUCAGUUUCUGAUUGCACGAGGGUUCAUCCCCGACACGCCGAUCGGAGUCGCCCACUUCCUGCUCCAGCGGAAGGGCCUGAGCCGACAAAUGAUCGGAGAGUUCCUGGGCAACAGCAAGAAGCAGUUCAACAGAGACGUCCUAGAUUGCGUUGUCGAUGAGAUGGACUUCUCUAACAUGGAAUUGGAUGAAGCACUGCGCAAGUUCCAGGCUCACAUCCGAGUGCAAGGAGAGGCGCAGAAGGUGGAGCGGCUGAUCGAAGCGUUCAGCCAGCGUUAUUGCGUGUGUAACCCCGACGUGGUUCAACAGUUCCACAACCCGGACACAAUCUUCAUCCUGGCUUUCGCCAUCAUCUUGCUGAACACAGACAUGUACAGCCCCAACAUCAAGCCCGAUCGCAAGAUGAUGCUGGAGGACUUCAUCCGUAACUUACGAGGUGUGGAUGACGGUGUGGAUAUUCCUCGGGAGAUGGUCAUUGGUAUUUAUGAACGAAUUCAACAGAAAGAAUUAAAAUCCAAUGAAGACCAUGUGACAUAUGUGACCAAAGUAGAGAAGUCAAUCUCGGGGAUGAAAACAGACCUGUCCGUCCCCCACCGACGGCUGGUGUGUUGCAGCCGGCUCUUUGAGGUCAUGGACAUGAACAAAGCACAGAAGCAGGCGGCCCACCAGCGGGAAGUGUUUCUCUUCAACGACCUGGUUGUGAUACUUAAACUGUGUGCAAAAAAGAAAAGUUCUGCGGCGUACACCUUUUACAAGUCCAUCGGCUUGCUGGGAAUACAGAUGCAUCUCUUUGAGACGGAAUUUUACCCUCACGGGAUCACCCUGGUCUCAUCGGUGUCUGGCUCAGAGAAGAAGCAGGCACUCAGUCUCUGUGCACAAAGCUCAGAGGAGCUGCAGAAGUUCAUUGAGGAGCUGAAGGAGUCGAUAGCUGAAGUGACAGAGAUGGAGCAGGUUCGCAUUGACUGGGAGCUGGAAAAGCAACAGGGAUCGAAAAUCACCUCCACGAAGAACAACGGAGCACAGCUCAACAUCCGGAACAAGCCAGCAUCACCGCCAGGCAAAAAAGAGAUUGGAGAAAGCAAGACCAGUAACACCGCUGUAGAGGUGUCAAUUCACAACAGACUUGAAGCCUACCAGCAUAAUGCAGUGGGGGACCAGGACCAACCAAGCAUGCUCCUUGACGUCAAGCAAGACAACGCGAUGGCAUCCAGAGCCGUGGACCAUCUCCCGGCAACAUUACUCCAGUGCCAGCAGGUGGUGAACGUCAUCGUGCUCCCCGCGCUACCCGACCAGGCGGACAGCCCGCAGAACGCCAGCCCCUCUCACCAGGCGGGGACGGGGGGCGGCAACUCCAACUGCUCCACGCCGCACAAGAUGGCGGACGAGCGGCUUCAGGGGACAGCGGUGAACGCAGGCCAGCAGCCGCCCCUGCCGCCUCCACCCCCUCCCUACAACCACCCCCACCAGUAUUGCCCUCCCAAUCCUUUUGUACACAGACGUAGAUACUCUAGUGGGUCGCGAAGCUUAGUGUAACCGUAAACGCUGCACAAUUCUAAAGCCAGAGUAAGCACGUUUUGAUUCACAGGUCCAUGUCUAACUAAAUUCUCCUCUGAAAAGUCCAAUCAUCUUCCCCCUAUCAAUCCAAUGGUAUUUUCUAUUCUUUCAGUGGUAUAUUAACACCAGCAUUCAUGAGUCGAGUGUAGUUUAGACAAUAGACAAUAGGUGCAGGAGUAGGCCAUUCGGCCCUUCGAGCCAGCACCGCCAUUCAAUGUGAUCAUGGCUGAUCAUCCCCAAUCUGUACCCCGUACUUCCCUUCUCCCCAUAUCCCCUGACUCCGCUAUUUUAUUGCCAAUCAUAGUCAAUAUUGAGCAAUUAAUGUUAUAUUUUUCCAACCUUAGCUCUCCCCCGACCUCUAAUCCCCUUUGCCCUAAGUUAGUUGUCCAUAGAGGAGGUGGGGUAGAUUAUGCUUAUGGCCCCUGCUGAGGACAACGGCAAUGGUAGGUUUAUCCAUUGGGUGGUACAGCUGAAACACCAUGCUCCUCACACCACACCUUCAGCUCACUGAGUGACUUCAGUCAGAUCUGAACCAUUCCAUGCCUAUCCAAUGCUUUGGGCUAGUUACACAUAGAGCAUAGAACGUACAGCACAGGAUCAGGCCAUUCGGCCCACAAUGUCUGUGCUGAACCUGAUGCCGAGUUAAACUAGCCUCAAUUACCUGCAUGCGAUUGAUCCACAUCCCUCCAUUCCCUGCAUAGCCGAUCUAAAAGCCUCUUCAACGCCACUCUUAUAUCUGCCUCCACCACCACCCCUGGCAGUGCGUUCCAGGCACCCACCACCCUCUGUGUAAAACAAACUUGCCCCAAACAUUUACUUUCAACUUCGUCUUUCAGGCCCAUUCACACUUCUUCGAAUCUACAACCUUUUGUUUGGUAAUGGUGAACUAAUGACCCAGGUUAUCAUAGAUCCGCCUCAUUACUUGUCCACGCAUGAUAUCUGCUACCACCACCUGGAAAAUCUGGGGGGAUUAUUUAGCCAUCAGCCCUUAGCAGAGAGAGCGGACACACCUGACAAAUCAACACAGACUUACUCUGGCUUGGAGACCCAAACACACAAAAAUAACUUUACAAUUAUUGACAGCUAAUUUUCUAGCGAUUUAAUGAACGUUUGAUUGAUGAAAAUUGUGUAUCUUUGGACAUCAAGGGCACAGGUUUAAUAGCUUAAUUUAUAGAUUAUAAUACUCACCAAAUGUUAAGGCAGUUUCAUAGAAGUAUUUCAACUUUAUUGUGGAUAUUACAGAUUCAUAGAUUACACUCACCUUCAUCACCAUUGCUGUUUAUAUGCUUUAGGUCGUCUAAAGAAAGCAGAGUAGGUUUUUAUAUUAAGUUUACAUGCACAGCUGUUUUUAAAUUUAUAGAUCACUUCUGUUUAGAAUAGGUCUUCGGAAGUGUUGUCAAAGAUAUCAUUUUUGAUUCGAGUUAGAAUACUUAACUUAUCUCUACAGCAAUGUAUUUAACACAACUUAAGGGCAAGGGGUGAGAAUAUGUUGCCAGGACUCAGGGCCUGGACUGUAGGGUGGGCAGGCGAGGACUUUAUUCACUGGAAAGCAGGAGGCCGAGGGGUGAUCUUACAGAGGUGUGUACAAUCAUGAGGGGAAUAGGCAGGGUGGAUGCACAGAGGUAGGGGAAGCCAAAACAAGAGUAGAUAGGUUUAGGGUGAGAGGGAAAAGAUUUAAUAGGAGCCUGAGGGACAACCGUUUCACUCAGGGGGUGGUGAGUAUAUGGAACGAGCUGCCAGAGGAGGUAGUUGAGGCCUGUACUAUAACAUCAAUAACAGACACCAGGGCAGGUAAAUGGAUAGGAAAGGUUUAAAGGGACAUUGGCCAAAAAUGGCGGAAUGGGACAAGCUUAGAUGAGGCAUCGUGGUUGGCGUGGGAAAGUUGUGCUGAAGUGUCUGUUUCCGAGCUGUCCGAUGCUACAACUCUACGAAGAGCUCGAUGGCUUGGUGUCCCAAAGAACAAUUGGAGAAGGAAGAAAGAGAGAGCAAAGAUUCUGCAGGGGAGGCCAGGGAUGUAUGUAGUUUGCGUUGAGAUAUCAAGGUACUGUACAUAGAAUAGAGUAACAGAGAGGCACGACAUCUACUUUACUGUAUUUACUGGAUCACACACAGUUUUCUUUUGGAGAAAGUUUUCUCAAACUAGCUCUGCGCCGAUUUGACUUCACAAAUCAUUCUGUAGGAUUCUUUAAAAAAAACUCGGGUAUAGAAAAAAAUCAUCUGUGGUCUCUGUGAGGUAAAUUGGUACCUUGUUAGUUUUGACAUAAGUCUGAUAUUUGGUCCAUUAAUGCACAUUUUUCAUUGAUUCCCAAUUCUCUCAACGGAUGGCAAAACGAUAGAGUUACAAUAUAUAAUCAAUAUUUUGUGAUAUAUUUCAGUCCAUGGUUCAUUGUAUGAUAGGGUAGGUUGUGUGUUUGGUCAGAGCCUCUAGGGACUCUGACUUAUAUUGAAGGUAUUAUUUAUUAAUGUAUGUAAUAUUUAUUAUAACAGAAAGAAAAGAUAUUUUGAACUUUUUGCUGAGGCAUAUUAUUGUAUAAUUUAGAACUUUCCACAUUGUGCAUUCACUGGAUUUCGUGUAGCAAGCUUCAAAAGCCAAUGCUUAAGUUUUGUGGUACAAUAGUCACAUUUCUCAUUGUAAUUCGGAUUUAAAGACAAUCCCUUCUAUACAUUGAGAGUUUCCUCUCAAUAAGGCAAAUAACUCCUUGAUUGUGUUACCAAAGGUUUUAGGUACGAUGAAAUAUUCUGUGGUUUCAAUCGAGUUGCUAUCACUGACGUGGCUUAAUUGAUAGACUAUUCUAGACAGUGGUGACGGCCUGUCCCACUUGGUAAUUUUUUCGACGACUGCCGGCAUCAUUGACUGGCGUACAAGGUGACCGAAACAUUCGCGACGUGAUGACGUAUUGGCGCGCGGCGUUUUUUCAAGUGUCGCAACAU